AUGUCGUUUGACGAUUUCAUGGACUCCCAGAAGGUGGUGUACGAGCUUGCAGGGGAUGCUUUGCAGACAGAUGAGCCCAGUGUCCCUGUUUUCUACACCGAAGGUGUCCCCACGAACGCAGAGAUCCCGUUUGUUCGUCUGCUGAACGGGAACGAGCCCGAAGAGAACCAGCACCGUCGAUACGAGCUGUUCUGCGCGAACUGGAGCAAGCAGCACGCCUCUAUUUCCCGAAUUCUUGCCGCCGCGGAUGAGCACAUGUUUGUGGAGCUAGACCAGUUCUUCCGCGUCCAGGAUACCCCCACCGUGUUUCUUGGCCAACCAAGAAACGUCAGCACAGCCUUGCUCAACCUAGGCCCCAACAUCUCGAACCACUCGCUGCUACUGGACAAGGUGUGGACACAUCUGGACAGAGAGAUUGCGAAUGCGAUAGUCGUGCGGCUGAGCAGCAAGGUUUGCAGCACGGUGAGCUUCACGAUGAAGAUCCUGGCUACGCAGAUCACCAGGGGACUUAAAACCGAGCUGGACCAGGCCGCAGACGAGGCCGAGGCCGAGUCCGACGCUGAUGAUGCGAUGAGCGACGCCGAUGAAGACGAGACCCAGUCCCGCGUGUUUGACAUGGACUCGUUGAUGGAGAAAGUUUAUGCCAAGGAGAAAAUACUCAUAGUAAUGGUGGAGGACGCUGACUCGUUCCCCACGGCGAUUCUGACCCCGUUGGUGAAACUCAUGUGGGACUACAACAACGCGUACGACUGGGCCAUCAAGCUGGUCAUCGGCAUGUCCACGCCGUUCGAGAUCUUCCAGGAGAAGCUUCCAAAGCUCACUGUGCGGUACUUGCAACCAAAGUACUUUGAGAUCGACAAUUCCGAUACGGCAGUCACGCAUAUCAUGGAGGAACUGCUGUUCAACAUCCACGACCCGUACAACUCGCUGAUUUUUGACCCCAAACUGGUUCUGGAGUUCCUCAAACUCAAAUCCAGAGUGUCUACUGCGCAGUUCAUCAACAGCAUCAAAAUCAUCUACAUGGGCCACUACUUCAGCCAGCCACUAAGUGUCAUGUGGACGAACGACUUCACAAAGACAAAGCUCAACUCGUACGUAUUUGACGUGUUCAAAAGACUGCCGUCGGUCAGAAGCUACAGUCAAUACCUGGAUAAAGAGUCAGCACAGCAUUUCCACAAACUUCUUCUGACAGACAACGACGAGGACCUGGGCAAGCUGUUAAGAACCAGCAUCAACAAGCUGAUCCUCUGGCGCUACGAGAUGAAGACGUUUUUUGAUCUGCUAAAUUUUAUGCAAGAGUAUUUCCUUGAAUCAUCAGUGUGGACCCAGAACCUGGAUCUGUUCAGAUUGACGUUCCAAAACGUGCACUUGGACGACCCGGACAAGAACCUGGACAACUUUGAGUUUCUCCAGCCCUUGUGGCAGGGCAUUUCCAAAGCAAGUUUGCAUGAUAUCAAUUCGUUCGUGAAGACAGUCAUGGAGGACGAGGACUUCGGGCCCAUCUUCCAAGAGUCCCAGCUCUGGAAGCUGUCGUCAAAAACCGAGGUGUCCAAGCUCGUCUCCACGCUCAAUAAUGCAUUUUUGCAACACUUGGAGGACCUCGACCUUAAUAAAAUCCCCUUCAGAGAAAUCUGUUGCGUCGACCUCUCUGCAAUGGACCUCCUUUCCAACUCGUUCAACCCGAAAAUCCGCGAAACUUGCAUCGACUCGUUGCUAAACUCGCAAAACUAUCUGUUCAACACGAUGCAUUCCGAUCUGAAGCAGUUACACCCUGAACAUCCCGACAUCAAGCUGUACAAGCUGCUAGAACCAUCCGUCAUCGAGCUGUUCAAACUGUCUAGAGAGGCCGGUGUUGUCUCCAACGUGUACGACUUCUACCAGGUGUUCAAGAGCUCGCUGCCUCGCGAACAGCUGGAGCCUGUUUUGCAAGAAAGAACUCGGCAGACCGGCAUCCAAAUCGAAUGGACCGACCUGAACUGGGACAAAAUGACUCUGAGCUGGUUCUUGAAGAGUCUUGCCGAGCUCCAGACACUCGGGUUUGUGCGUGAGGUGAAGAAUAAAAGCGAUACGCUCGAAAAGCUCAUCUGGAAAGAUCUGUAA